UGCCGAUUCAACUCAGGAUUCUUCUGGAGAAACGAUUUGCUCAAAGAGUACAAAUACUACUGGCGUGUCGAGUGAGGAGUCAAGUAUCCAUAGAUUCUAAUCCCCUGACAUAUGCACAGACCUGAUGUCAAGUUCUUCUGUGAUUUGGAUUAUGACCCCUUCUUAUAUAUGGAGGAUAAAAAGAAAGUCUAUGGAUUCACUAUCUCGCUCCCCGAAUACGAAGCAACCAUUCCUUCUCUCUGGGAAACCGUGAAGGGAUUCAUGAAAGAAUACCCUGAAUACGUUGUACCUAAUAAUGCGAUGGGAUUCGUUUCCGAUGAUGGUGGCAGAACAUACAACAAAUGUCACUUUUGGUCUAACUUCGAGAUUGGCGACCUCGACUUCUGGCGAGGAGAGGCAUACUCCAAAUUCUUCGAAUACCUCGAUUCAAAAGGAGGUUUCUAUUACGAGGUUGGCCUCUCACUUCAGCGAAACCGUUCUACCGUUACUUAUCUCCGCCGUGAAUCCACAGCGAUGGGGAGACGCUCCCGUCCACAGCAUCGGAGCUGCUCUAUUCGCUCGAAAGGACCAAAUUCAUUUCUUUAGUGACAUUGGCUACAGACACGAACCAUUCCAACAUUGCCCCCAGGGCGAUUCUCAUCGCAAAGGAAAAUGCUGGUGCGACGAGAAACAAAACUUUGAUUACGAGUGGUAUUCUUGCUUGAACAAAUAUGAUGCCUUGUUCACACAAUAGGAUCGUGCUUAUCUAUACUGAUGUAUCAUCUUCAUACUCGCUAACCAUCUGGACUAAUGACAAGCAUAAUAAUAUCGGA